AGAACAGCUCCUGCUGCUCUCUGGAGGAGUUGUCCGUUAAGGCGAGGUCUUUCGUGCAAUGCUGCUCUUGUAGCAAGUUUAAAAGUGUUGCUUUUUUUACCUUGUGCAUAUACAAAUGGAUUCCGGUGCAGAGAGAGCGGACCCUGGGGAUAGCGAACAGGACGAAGAAGAGGAUGUAUACGAAGUGGAAAGGAUUAUUGACAUGCGAGUGGAAGAUGGAGAGGUGCUGUACCGUGUGCGGUGGAAGAACUAUUCAUCAGACGAUGAUACCUGGGAACCCAAAGCUCACCUGGAGGACUGUAGCGAAGUGCUGCUGGCCUACGAGAGAACUCUGGCUGAGAGAAAACUUAAGAAAGAUGCUAGCAUGCUGCCUAUGAAGAGCGACUUAUUUGACGCAAACUCCGAGAGCGAAAGCGAUAAAGAUCGACCGAAAGAGUCACCUGGUAAGAAAAAGAAAAAAAAGAAGAAACACGCAGAGGAGUCGGACGACGAGAAGGACAGGAAGAAAAAGAAAAAGAAGGAGAGAUUGAAGGAGGACAAGCCGUUGCCUGCUCCCGAGUCUGACGAAGAGGAGGACAGGGUUCCUACACCACCGCCACCACCACCUUCUAAGAAAGAGAAGGCCACAGAUAUAAAGAAGCGAGCCAUCGAAAAGGAAGAGGGCGACGAGGACGAGGACGACGCUCCCGCGAAGAAACACAAAAAAGAAAACAAAGCUAAAGAUUUAGGGAAGCAAAAGAGAGACAGUGUUGACGAAAAGAAGAAAAAAAAGGUUAAGUCCGUUAAAAAGAAAGAGAUCGAGACCUCGGACGACGAGACGGACAAGAGCGACGCGCCGUCAGAGUUAUUCACCGAUGACACUUCUUCAACAGGCAACCUGAGUAUCACAGCCAAACCUACAACGCCCAAAACCGUCGAGAAGUCCAAUCGGAGCGAAAGCGGGAGCGAGCAUUCCAAGGCGAAACAGAAGAAGAACAAAUCUGACCCGAAGUUGCAAGGUUUCAAAGACUUGGCUCAGGACAAGACCCCCAAGAAGACCGACAGUUCAGCCCUGCUGCUCAAAGAGAGUGGCCUAAAUAAGUUGAAGAGCCUGGCUAGCAGUAAGAGCAGCAGCAAGUCAUCUCGCAGCGAGGACGAGCCUGACUCCAGUGACACAGCGCCCACGCCAAGAGCGAAAACCAAGCCUAAAGGUCCUGACUCAAGCACUACUCCUCAAAAGGAUUCCUCUGUAUCUUCCUCCUCUUCGUCCUCUACGGUCUUAGCUGCUUCCAGCAAGCCGAGAGAAGAGGAGCCGAAGGAAACGAAGGAAGAACCUGGAGAGAAGGGUGCUCCUCCUAAUAAUCUCUUCGAGAAGUUUUUGCUCAAUUGUGAGGCCAAGGAUCGUGUGCCUAGGAAAUCGGCAACUCACACAACACCGAAGAGUUCAGUGAAGACGGACAAAAAAGUGAAAAAGGAGUCUCCGGUGCAAAAGCCUGAGUUUGACAAAGCUGAAAAAGCAAAGGAGGGCACUACGGCCAUUGAGACGGAAGAAAGACAGGAAAAGAGCACACAGGAGUCAGAAAAGAGUGAGCGGUCAAAUGAACCCGUGGCCAAGACGAAGGAGGAUCUACAGCGUGAACAGAAAGAAGACGAGCAGAGAAGAAGGAAAGAAAGGCUUGAGGAGGAGGAGAAAAAGAGGAAAGAGAGGCUCGAGGAGUCCCAGAGAGAGCGGAAGGUGAGGAUGGAAGAGGCACAGAGAGAGAGACAGAGACUGGCCGAGGAGGCCCGGUUAGAUCGGCUGGACAGGAGGCCCGUGAUGGAGACUAUUGCGUCUGCCGAGUCUACCGAAGACUCGAGGUGGAAGGAGAGGAGAAGGAAGAGGCGGGAGGACGGCGAGUCUCGCCUUCUCAUCGCCUGCGACGACAAUCAGGACUCUCAGGACCCCCUGGAACGCUCGGACAAAACGCCUGACAGGGGCCCGCCUUCUCUCAACCUGGGAGUUGAGCUGAAGCUGGACUGGAUGACACUGGAAGACUUUCAAAAACACUUAAACGGAGAGGAUGAGAAUCUCUCUCCACUAGCCUUAACUCCCACUGAGUUGCGGGAUGCCGUAAAAAACGGGAAUUAUAUGGCCGUUAAACGUGCACUCAGUUCCAAAGAGGACUAUAAUCUGGACCAGGAGGACUCCAGCGGUAUGUCCCUGUCCAUGCUGGCCGCCGCAGGCGGACAGGACGACAUCCUCCGGCUGCUGAUUAAGAGAGGAGUGAAGGUUAACGGGCGGCAGAAGAACGGCACCACGGCCCUUAUGCACGCUGCUGAGAAGAAUUUCCUCACCACUGUGGCCGUUCUUCUCGAGGCAGGAUCUUGUCUAAACGCUCAGACACUGGGUGGAGAGACAGCUCUUAUGAAGGCAUGUAGGAGAGGAAACGCAGAUGUAGUGCGCCUCCUACUGGAGUACGGAGCUGACUGCAACAUCCUCUCCAAGCACAAGACAACAGCCUUGCACUUUGCCAAGCUCAGCAACAACAUGAUGGUGUAUGACCUCAUCAAAGACCACAUCCAGACGUUGUCGACAGUGGCAGAGGAGACCAUCAGAGCGUAUUUUGAGACGCGCUUGGCUCUGCUCGAGCCCGUGUUUCCUCUGGCCUGCCAUCGCCUGUGUGAGGGACCAGACUUCUCACUGGAAUUCAGUUACAAACCCCCACAGCACACACCUGGAGAGGGAUCUGGUAUCCUUCUCUUCAUCUUCCAUGCUAACUUCAUGACCGAGAUCACAGCCAGGCUCUGCGGGCCCUGUAGCGUCCAUGCUGUCAUCCUUAACGACAAGUUCCAGCUGCCUAUCUUCCUCGAUAGCCACUUUAUUUAUUCCUUCAGCCCUGUUCAAGGAGCCAAUAAACUCUUUAUUCGCCUAGCCGAGUCACCCACAGCUAAGGUUAAACUUCUCAUCGGUGCAUACAGAGUCCAGCUACAGUGAUGUCCAGUCUUCGCUUCGAAGUCAAAGUUCAGCAGAGAAUUUUUACCACACUAAGAGCCGAGAAGAAGAAGAGAUGGUUCCUGUUCAGUUUAAUGGCUUUGAAAUGGCGGCCUAAAUACACAAGCCAGUCUUUCAUAGCGGACGUUGGAUACACGUUCGUCGACGUGUUUUCUGAGUUUUACAGGAUUUCUGUUUUUGUUGGGUUUUCUUUUUUUUUUUUUUCUUUUUUUUUUUGGUUAGGCUAUACUUCCAGACAAAUACAAAACAAGCGGGAGGGAUCGGCAUUUGUAAAGGUUCGUUUGUAAAUCAUGUUUGUAAAGGUUUUUCUUGUUUUAAAUACAGUAAUUUAUCACUCCAGGUUUACCCCUAGUUCUUUUACGUUGUUUUCUCAUCACCGUGUACUUGCCUUGUGCAUGUGUGUCUGAAAGAGUGUUAGUGUGUGAAAUAGAGAGCAGGUGUCCGUUUUUCUUGCUACUAGGUUUUUUUUUGUUUUUUUUUGUGGGACCAAGAUAUGAGACUUGACCUUUUAAACACCGGAGUUAAUUUCCUUCCCGUCACUGUCCCAUUCGGCGGUUUUUACACCGAACCUCGACCUCUGGGGCAAACUGUGAGAGUAGGAUCAUUAGUGUAGAAAAUGUACUAUAUCUAUCAAUCUUGGGUUUGUUCAACAGUACAGAGGAAGUAUUAUCAAAGCAUGUGUGUGUAUCAGGGAUGUCUGUUUGUUUUAAGGGCUAGUAUCUGCUCAGAGGCUGGAGGAACCAUGUCUGAUGAUGCCUUUUGUUUAGGAUUGAAUGAUCUUGCUUCCAUCCCAUCUCCAUCAGGCUUGUAACGAACGAAUUGAUGAAUUUUUGAUCAUACAC